AAAAUUGACGAUAAGAAUGCUGAACUGUGGAUUCAACGUCCGGUGUUUACCCGGACGAGCACAAUCACCAGCUCUCCACGUGACCACAUGUUGGUUGCCUAUCCCCCCGGAACUCAUCCUUUGGAAUUCUCUUCUUGUUCGCCACAGUUAUCGUUCUUGGCACGUCAUGGCCUGUCAGGACCCUCUUGCUGGUACGCUUACGCCAAGAGGGGCGACAGAACAGCGCGUUCUCCUGAGCUUUCUGGACGAAUUGGACGUCACUGACCUCGGCGUCUGCGCUGGAGGCAAGCAAAGAAGCCCAAAGCGAGCUGUGGACACGACGCGCCCAAAGUCAGCGAAUGUGUGGUGGAAGCGCAAGAAGAACGAGUUGGAGAAGCUGAGGGCAGAGUCGAAGGCCCGGGAGACGCAGUUAACCUUGCUGCAAACUGGUGAAUUGGAGACGAAUGCCAUCGAACUCUCCCAAGACCAGCCAAGCUGGAAGGACGCCGCCGAGGUCGAGAAACAACGGUGUCAAGUGGCGCAGACCGAGAAUGAACGCCUCAAAAUGAGGAUCAAGGGCUGUUUGCAGAUCUGUGGAUCACUGCAGUCAGCGCUGUCUCUCGCGGAUACAUCCCACUGUGAAAUGGAGACGCUCGUGGCCUGGGCUCUGCAAGCGGAGAGGAAAACUACUGUAGGUACCCUCACUUCCGACACAUAAUACUCCUUAUUACUUCUGAGAUUU